GAGAAGAGAGAGAAAAUGAAAUGGGGCCCUUCUGAGCUUGGACACAAAGCCACUGGUGCCAUGCUUUUCCUUCCCUCCAUGAAGAAGAAGACAGCUCUGCUUGCCAGCAGCUCUCCAGAUGGGGACAUGCUCCAGGAACACUGGCUUGUAGAUGACAUGUUUUCCUUUGAGAAUAUUGGAUUCACCAAGGAUGUUGGGAAUGUAAAGUUCCUCAUAUGUGCAGACUGUGAGAUCGGGCCAAUUGGCUGGCACUGCCUCGAUGAUAAGAAGAGCUUCUACAUAGCCUUGGACCGUGUUUCUCAUGAGUAGCAUCCGGAGUAAAGCUCAGACUCUUUGCAAGGCCAUCACAGCUUGUGUCCAGGAUUCUUUGGUGCAAUCAUUCCAUGGCUCGUAAUGUACCAACAUGAAGCCAGAGGCACUUGCUCAUGGACUUGAACAUCUCAUGGAUUCACCUUAACAGCUCAUUUCAAGCAAUGGGCAAUUAUUGUUACAUACAGUGCAUUACAGCUUCCUCCCAUUGUAACACGGGAGUGGCAAUUCCAGUGUUCUCAUUUCUGAUUUUUAGUCCCCACUCAUGGGCAGUCUCAGCUCCUGAAGUGUAAAAUGUGAGUAUAACUCUUGUCACCACAAUGUUUUUUAAUUUAAAUUUUGAUUGGAACAUUGUGAUGUAUUUCAAAGAAAAUGUUCCUCCCUUCUGGAGGAAGCUAACUGGGAACUGCACCUUUGAGAGAACAGCUAACUAGAUAGAACCUUGCCCACUUUCUCAGGCAUUUUGCCCAAUUUUAGUGGGUUUUCACUUAUGUUUUGGACUACAGGGUUUGCCAUAUGUAAACGUUUACAACCAGGGCAACUUUAUCCCUCCUUCAGAAAAAAUUGCUUUCCCGCUUUCAUUUACAGUUUGAAUUGUUCAUGAACUGGCAGUGAAAGAUGGCCUGAGCUGGCACUGAUGUGUAGGAUUAAUUUUGCAGGAAGUGUAAGGAAGUUUUCUGUGUAAGAGAAAAUUCAUAGUAAAACUGCAAGAACUAAAUGUACUCACACUGCUAUAAUCAAUAUUUAUGUUCUAUUAAAUAUAUUCGAUGUUUCUCAGUGCAAAGUUUGUAUUGCCUUUAUCUAUAGAAACUUGAAAGGAGGAGGACGGUAAAGUACUUACAGAUUUUUGCAAGUUUGUAUUGCUUGCUGUAGACUGGCUGAUCAUGCUGCAAGAACAUUUGAUUUGGAAUCAGCCAUGAAGUUUAUUAAAGACUUUCCAGACUUGUGAUUGUGAAACUUUCUUGAAGUUAGAACAUUCUGCCUUAAUACAAAAGUCAAGUUCUUAAUGUACUGCACAGAAAACAAGUGGAAACAAUGUCAGCAAAUACGGUCCUCUGUGGAUCGGAUAAUUACAAAAUUAGCUCAUUUAAAUAAAUGAUUUUUUUUGUGCUUAUUUAAAUGUGAUUUAAAUCAGUCCACCCUAUUCAAGCAUAAGGGUCCCUCAGUCUCUCUUGUUAAAGCUGUUCCACUGUGGAUAAUGAAAGAGACAUUGGAUCAGAAGGACUGAAUCCUACGUCUCCCACAUCCUGGAAGAGUGCUGUAGAGUUUUUCUUACUGGAACUUGUGAGUGCUGCCAAGGUGACACUGUGUUUGGUAUGUGCUAUAGGCGCUACCUGGGUUUCUGUUUGUCUGGUUUUGUUAUGUAACCGUUUGUAUCUUUAUUUUAGGGGCAGUGUUGGUUCUCCCUUUCUCUUGGGAAAUGGGUGUGUGUGUGUGUGAUUUCUCCAAAAGAUCCACUACAGAUGGGUUUAGGGGUUUGACCUGCAAGCAUGGAUGGUAUUCAGUGGGUGCUUGCUGUAAAGUUCUUGAUUGUGCUAAUCUAAAAUCUGCCUCUCAAAUAAGUACACUUACUGUGAAUCAUUUGGUACAGAAGGGACUCUGACUUACGGAGUCUUUUGUUCAAGUUUUUUCCUUGUUUACUCCUGCUAAUAAAAGUAAUUUUUCCAGUGUC